AUGAUGAUCUUCAAGUUGGUAGCUUGGCUAGCGGUCUUUAGCCUUACUUGCUGGGUGCAGAGGAUACAUGGCCUGCAGAACGAGUGCGACUUUAAUUUCAGCGUCAAAUUAUUAUCAAAUAUAUUUGACAAGUACAAUGGGCACCAAAUAGAAGAGCAGGAGGGGAACACAGACUACUGCAACAAUUUGGAGAGUUUAAAUUCUCUCAAAGCCUUUUGGCAAUUAAAAUUGAAAUCCCUAUGCACAGAAGACACGUCCAUUUUAGAUAAACAAGUAUUUAAUAACAUAUGCAGCAAAACGUACAAAGUUCCCCAUGUAGUAAUAAGCGAAUUGGAAGUGGGAAAUGAUGUUGUUAAUAUUGAAUUUUUGUGCGCCCAUUUCUUGUAUAGUAACAAUAAGGAAAUUAUAAAAUGUGUACGAUAUAACGCUUUGAACAAUUAUCUAGAUUCGUACCAUAUAGCUUUUGAUUUGUCCGUUUCUCAAGAAUUGUUAAAGCAGUCAAACCAUGUAGAUGACGUUUUAAAUUUGAAAAACAUUGACGGAUUAGCCCUCACCAAAAAGAUAAUAGACGAUUCCGUAUGUAGGAUACAUUCGAGUGUUCAUACCAUUAUGAAUAAGCAUGACUUUGAUUUGUUUAAAGCGUUAGUAGGCUUAUGUACAAAGCUGGGCUUCCACAACCAUUUUAUCAUGACGGAUAAUAUCCACCCGCUAACUACUCCUAUAUUUAAUGAAAUACCAUACAGUUUAAAUUCUCUCAAUUUUAAUAUACAAAAUACUACCAUGUUCUACAUAAACUAUGAAUACUUUGUAUAUAAUGUUAAGCUAGCAGAUAUAGAUCACAUCCUCGGUUCGUAUAUAUCUCCAUCCGCCAUGGCAAUUACCAAAAAUAAUUCGUACGUAUCGUGGCUAGGACUGAACAAGGACAACACUCUGUAUAAGAAAAAAUUUAAUGAAUUGUAUAACCUCCUAGACAACAAUAAAUAUAUGGAAAGGAUUGUUCAGUGUUAUAGUAAAUAUACAUCCAAGUACUAUGGGGCUAGUAUAAAAUAUUUUUUACGAUAUAUUCCAGAAAAUAAAAGAGAUGUGAUGCAAAAUAAUCCCAAAAUUUUUGUGUACAUUAUUAAUGGCAUAUGUAAAAAUAUCCCAUCCAUUCACAAAUGUGUUGAGAAAAUUAUUUUCCUUGAUGGAAUAUACGAUUUGUACUUUAAAAAUUUUAUGGUCAAUUUUAUUUACUACAAUGCGGCUUGUAUUUUUAAUUGCAAUCUGGCCGACUUAGGAAAAAUUAUCAAUGAUGAACAGGUCUGGGACAUCCUUGUAAACUAUUUUUCAAACUCGUUUUUAGUGAAUUAUAAGAAGACCAAGAGUAAUAGCAUCGCGGCUUAUAAUGCCAACAAGGGUGUUGAAAAGACGGAUGAAUCUGCAUCGGCAGAAGAGUACAAUGAACUAGCAAAGAUGUACUACACCAACUUUGAUUACGAUUAUAUCCAUAGCGGUAAGUGGAAGAAGGAAAUCAGUUUGGAAGAUGAAGACGCUAUCUUGAAGCCGUCAGAUGAAGCCGUUGAAUUCGAAUUCUACAAUUACACCUUCCAAACCCUCGACCUGAGCAGCUACGGCUUCUUCAUUUUGAAAAGCCAAAUGGAAGAGGACAAUGUGUGCAAAAUUUCUUCCUUCAUUGAAGCCAACGGGAAAAAGUACGUCCACGUGAACAAGUACAUUGCAGACUUUUUCAGUAAGAACAACAAGAGGGUCCUCUCACACUCGGGGGGAAAGAAGGGCUCCUCGGGAGGUGGACAUCCUAAUCAUGAUAAUGGUGGGGAUGAUCACGAUGGAGGCGACGAAGGAUACGAUCAUACAGAUGAGGGGGGUGGCGGAGACGAACAUGAUGACAACGGUGAACAUGAUGAACACGGUGAACAUGAUGAACACGACGAACAUGACGAUCAUGAGGAGGACGGACACGCAGCUGAAGGCGGAGAAGGAAAGGGAGGGGAUGACCACGUGAACACCUUUAACAUGUUUGACGACUUCUUGGGAGAAGACAAAGAAAGCAGCAGCUUCAUGGACUUGUUCCAAAACAACCCAAUGUUUAAUAAGAACCAUAAUCUGUUUGACAACUUUUACCACGGAGAGGACGAAGAGGAGUUAUUUGACGAAAAGGAAGAAGAGCCAUUUGACAUUGAGAAGCAUAAAGUCUCCACCUCCAUGGGAGAUGUGUACCCACUAAAAACGGAGUACCGUCUGAAAGAGCUACAACACGUAUAUGACAUUCACCCAGGAUUUAGCGAACUAGAUGAUCAAAUGAGACACAAUUUUUUUAAAAGCAAAAUAUUCGAAAAGAAAGUUUCCUUUAUAGUAAAAGAUGUCCCAACAAAGAUUGAAAAUUAUUACAAGUAUUAUUAUGAAAUUAAAAAAAAGAUGAAAACGUUCGACAAAUAUGAUGAGGAACAUUAUAAUAUGCUAAUUAAAAAGUCGAAAGAAGAUCCAGAUGUUUUUUCAAAAGUAGACCUUGAAUUUUCCUGCACGAGGAUGGGAAAGUGGCCAAUUCGUGGAGCUACGGGUAGGUGGCUAUCAGAUGUUUUAUGUGAAACCAAGUUGCUUCCUCAGCUGGUAUACAAUCAUGAAUAUGCAGAAAAGAAUAAACAGAAGAAUAAUAAAAACGAAAUUGACCCCAAUUUGUAUACCUUAAAAGAAAACACGAGAUUAAUUGGCAUUGAAUUUGAAGAGCAAGAUCCCCACAGAUGUGCCAUUAGUUACCUGGGGGAUGAAAGCAAAAAGACACAUUUACCAGUAUCUGCAACUUUCUUGGUACAAGCAGCUAUUGGAUUCUGUACACUACACGGUUUUAAAAUCAUUUGGCUAGCUGAUUCCGCCUUUGAUAUAAACACCAAAGUCUAUCUAAGAUAUACCUCCAUCCUGGAACAAGGACAAACCUACUACGAACAGAGCAAUUUUGAACUUUAUGGACAAACAAGACUUAUAGCGCAGUUGGAAUAUAUCGCCUCUGGAAUGAACGUAGAAAAUAAUCUUAUUACUUCUGGUAUUUUUAAAAACAGGUACAACUUGAUUAGCUACCCAGGCACAGAUUUGCAAUUUCUGCUCCUUAUGUCAAAAAAAGUUAAAGACACCAUUUACAAUUUAAAAUUUGAUUGCCAUAGUUGGGCAUAUAAAGGAUGCUCAGAAUAUUACCCCUUGAUGAAGAAGAAUAAAAAAAAUGUAACAGAUGAAAAAUACAAUAAAAUUACACUGAAUGGAAAAUAUUCUAACAAGGAAUUAGAAGAAAUGUAUGAAUGUGCGUUUAUGCAUGAUAAAACAUUCCAAGAGUUAAAUAAAAUGUUCCCUAAAGAAUGUACUUUUGGCUCCAGGGUAGGCGAUUGCCAUAGGAAAGUUAGAAAACAUAUUCCUUGCUACAAUGAAGAGUCAUGUAAAUAUUUAAUGUAUAUUUAUGAAAAUUUUUACAAGCCACAGAACCAUGUCAAUUUACUCAAUGAGCAUUUUAUAAAGGUGUCCGAAAAUUUAACAAAAAUGUCCAGACCCUAUUAUUUACAGUCCAUUUUAGCAUUAGAACAUGAUAUACAAAUUAAGAAAAGCAAGAAAAGGAACACACAGUAUGAAGAUAUUGUCUUGUUCAUUUUGAAGAACUCCAUAUUUUACGUUUCCUGGGUUACAUCCAGUGAGUACUGGAAGAGGGCUGUGUAUGUGCAAGACACGAACACUUCCUUCGCCACGAUUAACCAAGUGGAGGACUACAAUAAUAAGGAGAUGUUUUGCCCAGUUGCCUACGGACAUGAGUUCAUAGGGCACAUGUUCGUGCAGUACAUGAAGUUUCCCAACGAUAUGUGA